AUGGACGUGAACGACAGUGAGAGCAUCUGCAUGAACGAGUUCUUUGCCGCCACGUUGGGGCUGAACCGCAUGAUCAAGGAGGAGAACCUCCACCAGGCCUUCCAGUACUUUGAUAAGGAUGGCAGCGGCUUCAUCACACGCGAUGAGCUCACUCAGGUGUGUGAGGAGUUUGGCAUCGGACCGGAGAACGUGGAGGAGAUGAUGCAGGAGGUGGACGUGAACAAGGACGACCGAAUAGACUACAACGAGUUUGUGACGAUGAUGCACCGCCACAGCGUGCCGGACCACAUCAAGAGCAGCAGCAUCGGCAAGGACAAGCUCGCCCUCCUCAAAGUGCAGAGCUCACUUGAACGAGUCCGCCGCUCCCCCACCAUCUAG